AUGGUUCAUUGUUUUCAACAAACGAUGAACCAAGAAAUUAAACGUCAUUUUGAAGAAGAAUUUAUAAAACGUCAACCAAUGAUUGAUAAGGCAUUUACAGAAAAAUAUAAUAACAUUAAACAAGAACCAUCUUCGAUUAAAGAAGAACUUCAACAAGAAAAAACCAAAUAUUCUGAAUUAACUAAAGCAUUUAGUGAACUUCUUCGAGACCAAGAAAAUUUAAAAAAUCAUUUAGAAACAUUACAAAAUAAAAUUAAUCUUUUAGACCAACAAAUUCAAGCCACUCAAAUUCAACAACAACAAUUAGCUAAUAAAUUUAAUCUUAAAAUCACUACUAUAGAUAAAGAAAAAAUAAGAAAAGAAAAUGAACUUAAUCGUAUUAUGUCUUCUCAUGACCAAAUGGUAGAAGAAUUUAAUAAACUUCAAAUAGCUCAUCAUAAAUACAAAGCUGCUUUACUUAAAGCCCAAACUGAAAUUAAUGCUUUAAAAACUGUUUUGGGAAAAUAA